AUGACCCAACCAUCGGUACCAUCUCCUCCUCCGCCUCUACCACCACCUCCCCCAGCAUCCGCUCCACCGUCACAACCUUCCGACGGCGGCGUUCGUGUCCGCUGUGCCGGUUGCCGCAUGAUCUUGACCGUAGCGCCCGGGCUGACCGAAUUUGCUUGCCCGACCUGCCGAAUGCCGCAGAUGCUUCCGCCGGAACUCAUGGCUAGGGUCCACCAAACGGCACCGUCAACGUUGCCGUUAACUCCUUCUUCACAGAACUUGCCCGCUCACGGAAUUGAUCCUACUAAGAUCCAGCUUCCUUGCGCUUCCUGCAAGGCAAUUCUCAAUGUUCCUCAUGGCCUCUCGCGGUUCUCUUGUCCUCAAUGUAAAGUUGACCUUGCGGUCGAUCUCUCUAAGAUUAAACAAUUUUUGCCUCCGCCUCCGCUUGAAGAAGUUAACGAGGUUGCUGUUGAAGUGGAGCGGGAUGAAGAUGAAGGCGGCAUGGUCGGAGAAACAUUUACAGAUUAUCGACCACCAAAAAUAUCUAUUGGACCUCCACACCCAGAUCCCGUUGUGGAGACAUCUUCAUUGGCUGCAGUGCAGCCACCAGAUCCUACCUAUGAUCCAAAAACUAAAGAUAUUUUGGAAAGUUCAAAGGCUUUGUCAUGUUUGCAAAUUGAGACCUUGGUCUAUGCUUGUCAGAGACACCUUCAGCACCUCCCCGGUGGGGCUAGGGCAGGAUUCUUUAUUGGAGAUGGAGCUGGUGUAGGUAAAGGUCGAACAAUUGCAGGUCUAAUUUGGGAGAACUGGCACCAUGGAAGGAGAAAAGCAUUGUGGAUUUCUAUUGGUUCAGACUUGAAGUUUGAUGCUAGAAGAGACUUGGAUGAUGCGGGUGCAGCCUGUAUUGAAGUGCAUGCUUUGAACAAACUACCUUAUUCUAAGCUUGAUUCAAAGUCUGUUGGGAUCAUGGAGGGAGUUGUCUUCUUAACAUACAAUAGCCUUAUAGCAUCUUCAGAGAAAGGUCGAUCUCGUCUCCAACAGCUUGUGCAGUGGUGUGGACCAGGGUUUGAUGGCCUUGUAAUUUUUGACGAGUGUCACAAAGCAAAAAAUUUGGUCCCUGAAGCUGGUAGCCAGCCAACACGCACAGGAGAAGCAGUGCUUGAAAUUCAGGAUCGACUACCUGAAGCUCGUGUUGUUUAUUGCUCAGCAACUGGUGCAUCUGAACCCCGCAAUAUGGGUUAUAUGGUUAGACUUGGUCUUUGGGGAGAUGGAACUUCUUUCUCCGAGUUCCGUGAAUUUUUGGGUGCUCUUGAUAGAGGGGGUGUUGGAGCUCUAGAAUUAGUUGCCAUGGACAUGAAAGCAAGGGGAAUGUAUUUAUGUCGGACACUUAGUUAUGAGGGUGCUGAGUUUGAAGUUAUUGAAGCACCAUUAGAAGAUAAAAUGAUGGACAUGUAUAAAAAGGCAGCAGAGUUUUGGGCAGAACUACGAGUAGAAUUGCUGUCAGCUAGUGCCUUCCUGAAUGAUAAACCUAACACUAGUCAACUAUGGCGAUUGUACUGGGCAAGCCACCAGCGUUUCUUUAGACACAUGUGUAUGUCUGCUAAAGUCCCUGCUACUGUAAGACUAGCAAAGCAAGCAUUAGUUGAUGAAAAAUGCGUAGUCAUUGGUCUUCAGAGUACUGGUGAAGCAAGGACGGAGGAAGCUGUGACAAAAUAUGGUUCUGAACUUGAUGACUUUGUUUCCGGACCUCGAGAAUUGCUGCUUAAAUUUGUGGAAGAAAACUACCCAUUACCAGAGAAACCUGAACUCCUUCCAGGAGAGGACGGUGUUAAGGAGCUCCAAAGGAAGAGACACUCUGCAACCCCUGAUGUUUCAUUAAAAGGAAGGGUUAGAAAAGUAGCCAAGUGGCAACCUCCCAGUGAUGCAGAAAGUGACGAAGAAUCUGAAAGUGAUUCUGACAUUGAAUCUAAUGACUCUGAUGAGGAGUUUCAGAUAUGUGAAAUUUGCACCACUGAGGAGGAAAGGAAAAAGAUGUUACAGUGUUCCUGCUGUGGUAAAUUAGUCCAUUCCACAUGCUUGAUGCCACCAAUUGGUGAUAUAGUUCCUGAAGAGUGGUCAUGCCAUUUAUGUAAGGAAAAGACAGAUGAAUAUCUUCAAGCAAGGCAGGCCUACAUAGCUGAACUCCAGAAGAGAUAUGAUGCAGCCUUGGAACGUAGGACUAAAAUAUUAGAGAUCAUUCGUUCUUUGGAUCUUCCAAAUAAUCCUUUGGAUGAUAUUACUGACCAGCUAGGAGGGCCCGACAAAGUUGCAGAAGUUACAGGAAGGAGAGGCAUGCUUGUGAGGGGCCCUACCGGAAAGGGUGUAACUUAUCAGGCUCGUAAUACAAAGGACGUCACUAUGGAAAUGGUUAACAUGCAUGAAAAGCAGCUUUUUAUGGACGGAACAAAGUUUGUUGCUAUUAUUUCUGAAGCUGGAUCAGCUGGUGUUUCCUUGCAGGCAGAUAGGAGAGCGGCAAAUCAGAAAAGAAGGGUUCAUUUAACGCUAGAGCUUCCAUGGAGUGCUGACCGUGCAAUUCAGCAGUUUGGAAGAACUCAUAGAUCAAAUCAAGCUUCAGCACCAGAAUACAGGAUACUCUUUACUAAUCUUGGUGGAGAACGGCGAUUUGCAUCAAUUGUUGCGAAGAGAUUAGAAUCUCUCGGUGCUUUGACUCAGGGGGAUCGCAGGGCUGGGCCUUCAUUAAGCGCUUAUAAUUAUGAUAGUGCUUAUGGAAAGAGGGCUCUGGUGAUUAUGUACAAAGGAAUAAUGGAGCAGGAUUCUCUACCUGUUGUUCCUCCGGGAUGUUCGUCUGAGAAACCAAAUACUAUUCAAGAUUUCAUUAUGCAGGCAAAAGCUGCUCUUGUAUCUGUUGGGAUAGUUAGGGACACAGUUCUUGGAAAUGGUAAAGAUCCUGGAAGGUUAUCUGGUCGAAUUAUUGAUUCAGAUAUGCACGAAGUUGGACGAUUCCUCAACCGGCUUUUGGGGCUACCUCCUGAUAUUCAGAAUGGGCUAUUUGAGUUAUUUGUGAGUAUUUUGGAUCUUCUCGUUCGGAAUGCUCGCAUUGAAGGUAACCUCGACACAGGAAUAGUUGACUUGAAAGCUAAUGUCAUAGAACUACAGGGGACUCCCAAGACAGUUCAUAUUGAUCAAUCGACUGCGGCUUCAACCGUUCUUUUUACAUUCAUCUUGGAUCGAGGGAUCACGUGGGAGUCAGCAAGUAACAUGCUGAAUGAAAAACAGAAGGAUGGUCUUGGCUCAGCCAUUGAUGGCUUCUAUGAGUCCAAGAGGGAGUGGUUGGGAAAACGUCAUUUCAUUUUAGCGUUUGAAAGUUCUGCUUCGGGUAUGUAUAAGAUUGUCCGUCCUCCUGUUGGGGAAUCAAACCGGGAGAUGCCUCUAUCUGAAUUGAAAAGUAAAUACAGAAAAGUUUCAUCCUUAGAAAAGGCUCAAACUGGUUGGGAAGAGGAAUAUGAAGUUUCAUCUAAACAGUGCAUGCACGGUCCCAAUUGUAAGAUUGGCGGCUUCUGUACAGUGGGAAGAAGACUACAGGAAGUAAAUGUCUUGGGUGGCCUCAUUCUUCCUGUUUGGGGAACAAUAGAAAAGGCCCUUUCUAAGCAGGCCCGCCUAAGCCAUAGGAGGCUACGAGUUGUUCGCAUAGAAACUACUGUGGAUAACAAACGGAUUGUUGGGCUUCUGGUUCCUAAUGCAGCUGUUGAAGCUGUUCUUCAAGGUUUAGCAUGGGUUCAAGAAAUUGAUGAUUGA